UGAUUCUUCCAUAGAAUUUUAAAUAAAGACAGUUGCCAAUUCUGCCACAGUCAUUAUGAAUCAAGAACGGUUUUUUCUGUGUAUAGCUUUUGUUUGCAGAGAUUCAGUUCAAGAUUGCUGCAGUGGAAUUUGACAUUGCUAUAAUGGAUUUCAAGGAGGAGAAACUAGUUAGGAUUCACAGUGAAGAAAAAAGGAAUCUUGAAGUUUUCUUGGAGAAAAAUGGGGCUGAAAACCUAGAUAAGCCACUCCCAUUGUUAAAGAACUCAGCCCAUUUAUGGAAAUGUGAAGACAAGAUUCCUAAAUUUGGUAGGGCUAAGGUUUAUCCAGAAGGGUCAAAACCAGACAAGAAAGCAAUUCUUGAUCCUGGGAGUGAAAUUGUGUUAAAAUGGAACAGAGUUUUUUUGUUUUCUUGCAUAAUGGCUCUGUUUGUGGAUCCCUUGUUUUUCUACAUGCCUUCUGUGCUAAGUCAAGACAAUUCUUCAUGUAUGCAUACAGACCUGAAUUUGGGGAUCAUAGUGACAUGUUUUAGGACAGUGGCAGAUGCAUUUUAUCUCUUACAUGUGAUUAUGAAGUUUAGGAUUUCUUAUGUAUCUCCAAGCUCAAGGGUUUUUGGCAAAGGUGAACUUGUUAUGGACCGCAAUAAGAUAGCCGUUAGGUACUUGAAGUCGGAAUUCCUCAUUGAUUUCAUUGCAGCAUUGCCUCUUCCUCAGGUUAGUCAAAUUUGCUUCAAUUGGGAGUCCUUUGCAAAGUUAAGGCCAUUUCUGUUUAGCAUGUUUGUGUAGAGAUUUAGUUUAGAGAAAUGAGGCGAUCUAUGGUAUGAAUGGUGAAAUUUGGUGGUGCUGUUGGAAAAAUCUUCAAUGAACUUUGUAAGCUUGAGUAAUUUUGUUGAAUUUGCUUUUAUUAAUAGUCCUUUGAAAAGUUAAGGCCAUUACU